GCGGGUCCCCUCGCCGGCGCCCGGGGUUCCGGCGCCGCGCGUUUUGGUUCCGGAGUAACAGUGCCCUCGCCGCUGCCUUCCCCCUCCUGCCGCUUGCUUCCCCCUCCUGCCGCUGCCGCCGCUGCCGCCGCCGCCCCCGGCGCCCCCGGGACGCGCGGCCUCAGGUUGCCGGGGCUGAGUCGCGCGCGCCGCGCACUCCGGCUCCGGGUGGGGUAGAGGACUCGCCUCCGACCCUCCCGCUGAGGGCUCUCUCGGCUUUCUUGUGGUCCGGCGGCCCUGGGGCUCCUUCCUAACAGCAGCGGACUGAGUCCCCUGAAGUCGAGGACCCUCCGCUCCCUUAAGGAGGAGUGGACACCUGCCGCUGUAUCUCCUUAAAACGGGGUCUUCUCUCUGGCGUCCCCUCACACCCACACAGACCGCAGAGAGCUGCACCAUCCCGUUUGCCCUCUUUUCCAACUCCAGAACCUUCUGACCUCCGCUAGUUCCUACUGGCUGCUGCCCCUUGCCCCGUCCGCGCUCGGAGGGAGACAUCCCUCAUCCCCAUCAGCCCGGGCCUGGCUCCGAGCCUGCGGGCCGCUUCCGGACCACCUCCUCUCUUCACUCCCCCUCCCUCUCCGUCCCCUGACCGUCGUCCCCUUGUCACCUCUUGGAGCCCCCGCCUAACCAGGGGCCACGGGGUCUCCUCUACCAGGAUGUGAGCGCCUUUAACCUGUAAUGCUGUGGCUGGCCCUUGGCCCCUUCCAUGCCAUGGAGAAUCAGGUGCUGGUGAUUCGCAUCAAGAUUCCAAAUCGUGGAGCGGUGGACUGGACAGUGCACUCGGGGCCGCAGCUCCUCUUCAGGGAUGUGCUGGAUGUGAUAGGCCAGGUCCUGCCUGAAGCAACAACCACAGCAUUUGAAUAUGAAGAUGAAGAUGGUGAUCGAAUUACAGUGAGAAGCGAUGAAGAAAUGAAGGCAAUGCUGUCAUAUUAUUAUUCCACAGUAAUGGAACAGCAAGUAAAUGGACAGUUAAUAGAGCCUCUGCAGAUAUUUCCAAGAGCCUGCAAGCCUCCUGGGGAACGGAACAUACAUGGCCUGAAGGUAAAUACCCGGGCCGGACCCUCUCAACACGGCAGCCCAGCAGUCUCAGAUUCACUUCCAAGCAAUAGCUUAAAGAAGUCCUCUGCUGAACUGAAAAAAAUAUUAGCCAGUGGCCAGAUGAAUGAACAAGACAUACGGUAUCGAGACACUCUUGGUCAUGGCAACGGAGGCACAGUCUACAAAGCAUAUCAUGUCCCAAGUGGGAAAAUAUUAGCUGUAAAGGUCAUACUACUAGAUAUUACACUGGAACUUCAGAAGCAAAUUAUGUCUGAAUUGGAAAUUCUUUAUAAGUGUGAUUCAUCAUAUAUCAUAGGGUUUUAUGGUGCAUUUUUUGUGGAAAACAGGAUUUCAAUAUGUACAGAAUUCAUGGAUGGGGGAUCUUUGGAUGUAUAUAGAAAAAUUCCAGAGCAUGUCCUUGGAAGAAUUGCAGUGGCGGUUGUUAAAGGCCUUACUUAUUUGUGGAGUUUAAAGAUUUUGCAUAGAGAUGUGAAGCCCUCCAAUAUGCUAGUAAACACAAGAGGACAGGUCAAGCUGUGUGAUUUUGGAGUUAGCACUCAGCUGGUGAAUUCUAUAGCCAAGACGUAUGUUGGAACAAAUGCUUAUAUGGCGCCUGAAAGAAUUUCGGGGGAGCAGUAUGGUAUCCAUUCUGAUGUCUGGAGCUUAGGAAUCUCUUUUAUGGAGGUUGAAAGCCACAUCGUGCUCUUCCUUUGUGUGACAUUGGUAAUGUUUUUCCACAUCCCAGCCCAGUACCAUGUGCUCAUACUGAGGUUGGAAGAGAGGCACAGCCUUUUCUUGAUACACUAUAUUCAGAAAAACCAGGGAUCUUUAAUGCCUCUCCAGCUUCUGCAGUGCAUUGUUGAUGAGGAUUCGCCCGUCCUUCCGGUUGGAGAGUUCUCGGAGCCAUUUGUACAUUUCAUCACUCAGUGAGUUGUGUCUCCUAGUGGAAAAUGAGCCCUUCAUUCCUGUGGUGCUGCAAAAUGGUGCACUCAGGAGCCCUUGCUAAACCGCAGUGGCUGUACACGGUCCCCUCGCCCUCCCUCCCAUGACCCAUCUGACGAUGACGCUGACGUGAAGCCAAGAAAUAGCCCUCACAUAAAUGUCAAACUCUAUCACCUUUUUGACUAAGCAUAAUAGUUUACCUCUUAAUAAAAGUGUCUCAUACAGUUUAUAUUCCAUAGAAGAAUAUGUGAAGAGAUUUUUAACCCUCAACUUCUAAAAUUUUUAUUAACACUAUUUCUAUUUAUUCAGAAUACUUAUAUAAUAUUCCAUAGCUUGUAAAAACUGUUUUCACUCUGCAUACAUUUUGUUUCCAAAAUAUGCUAUGUUGGAAACAAGCAUACGUAUUGGUUAAACAUUAGAAUCCUGAGCUCAUUAAUAUUAGAGCCAUUAUCUAGAAAUAGGUAUUAGUCUCUCUUAAUUUCCUUCACGUGAAAUUCCUAGAAACAAAAGCACGUUAGGGGAAUGUCCCAUUUUGAAAUGCAGAGAUUAAAAACCAAAUUUUGUGAUUCCUAAGCUGCCUGGAGCACCGGGCUUGGGCAUCACCUGCUCCAGGCUGUUGGAUUUGUGCCGUGACCACCAUACUUAUCUCACUGUGUGGUCUGAGACCAACCUGGCAGUGGCGCCCUUUCUGAGCAGACAGGGAGAAAAGCAGAUAGGGCUUUGCCUGCCUUCUGUCCAAAAAAUUAAUCAGCUGUUAUAUAAAAGUUUUAUGGAGACAGAGGGAGGGAUAACCUGUGUUGAAAUUUCCACAGAUGUCAAGCCGAAACAGAAAUGAUAGUGGGUAAUAGCUUUGUUUUCCCAAGAGAUACAGCUACUUUGGAAUGUCAGAUUAGGACUGUUACCAACUCCACUGGCGAGACAGCUUGAAUUACUUGCUAAUGGAUGCAGUAUUUGAGAGGUGCAUAUGGUUAUUUAUAGGGAAGGCAAAUGUCCUCGAUGUCAUUAAUGGUUCAUAACUACGGUUCUUGUUUACCAAAUGAUCAUUAGAUCUCUUUACUUAAAAAAAAAAAUACUCUCAGCAAAGGCAGAAAUUAUAUGAAGAGUUUUUGGGGUUUGCUUUUUUUGCUUGCUUGCUUGAGGUUGCCUUAUGUAAAGAAAAUGUGAUUUUCCAAGUAAUAGAAGCAGCAGUCUCUUUUCAUGACUUCAUCCUGCAGAUACUCUGAGUUUAGUAUAAAUCGGCCAUCAAAUAGGCAGUUUACCCACGAUUACCUCGGUCCCAUGACUGGGUGCUUCAUCACGUAGCUAAGUACAUGCUACAGCUACUAAUUAUGCCUAUUGCAUGUAAGACGAAAUAUUUUGCAGAAGGAAUGUGAUUCUUUAAGCAACUUAAACAAACUUAACUUUCCCACAGCUGUUUAAUGAAUUAUCAACUUGCAUGGUAGCCAAAAUAAAUGAAAGUCGAGAUAAUGUAAUAACCCAUUUGUAAUUUUGCAGCAUUAUCUAGAUGCCUGACCUCUUUUAUAUAGUACUUGUCAUUCAGAGUAAUAAUGAAGGAAUGAGAUGUUUUCUUAUUUGACCUGAUAGUCAUGUUUCUUUUCUUAUUGUCUUAUCCCAAUUACCAAAAAAGAAAUAUAUUGUUCUCUAAAUUUGUUUGAAAUGAAUUGAUAACUGAGUCAGGAAAAGAAUAUUGCUGCUUUUUUUUUUUCACAUUAGUUUCAGAAGUAGAAUUAGGAUAAAUUUAAAUUCAUUCUUUUUCUGUAUUGCAAGAGUAACUCCCCGCCCCCCCCAAAAAAAGUCUUUAUGUUUUUGAUUCAUGAGAUUCCCCCAAAAUCAGAUUAAUUGAAGACCAAAAUAAAAGAAAGGCAAUACAUGCUGAUGCUUUGGCCAAGAACUGAACAUGAUGGAUUUUGAAAACAUUCGGAUUCCAGGGGAGAUAGUCACUGGUGGAAAUUGUAGUACAGAUUUACAAGCGAUAUAGAAAAUAUGAGUUUUUC